AUGUGCAAACAAAAUGAAGACGAGAGACUUCGCAGAAAUUACGCUACGGUGUAUAACACAUCCAGGAUCCAUUGCGAGGGGAAACUCGAGCGAGAUGUAGGUAUGGAUGGGCUCGAUCGUAGCAAGCUCAUGAUAUCUGUAAUGGCCACUCGAGCUAUCUGCUCAACCGUUAUUCUCAACAAAUCUUCCAUAUUGCGGCCAACUGAAGCUCAAUCAAUACGAUGCACUCGAAGAGCUUUGUCUUUUAAGAAUGGAGUCGGUGAAGGUUUGUUUACCCCGGUGUCGGUAUUAAGCGCCGCCGUUAAAGAAGUGUCAGAGGCCGGGCAGCGAGGGGAAGCGGUGAAG